AUGGACGACGACUACGCUUUCUUCGAGUCCGACAACCUAGUCGAGGAGGAACUCCCUGUCAUUGGUGACUUCCCCGACCCCAUCGCACAGUUUGGCGGCAUUGGUGUCGAGCACACCGGCACAAUCAGGGAUUUGGACCUCACAGCGGACGAUCGCCUCGCCGCGGCCACGUUCCCUGGCGGCGAUGGCGCUGCUGUCAGCUUGGAUCUGGACGAACUCCCUCCACCCAUUGGGAACGUGCAAGAGUUCCUGCCGAAUGUUCACCCGGACGCCUUCCCUGUUGUUGUAGCCGUGCAGGCCCAGGCCAGCAUUCCAGUCGGCAUUAACCUCGCUGAACUCAGCUGUGCCACACGCAACGUGGAGUACAUGCCGAACAACCGAAUUCCCUCUGCGACGAUGCGGUUGCAUGAACCAACCGCCGUGGUAAUGAUGCACAACUCAGGGGCUCUCAGCAUCAUUGGCGCAGCGAGCGUCAGUGAAGCACGCCAGGCAGCGGAGCUGGCCGCUCGUAUCAUUCGCAAAGCUCUCAAUCUCGAGUUCGCAUCCCUCAAGUUCCGUGUCCGCUCCAUCGCGGCGCGCUUCAAUGUGUGCAGUCCGAUUCGUCUCGACAAGCUCGCCGCCUACAAACUAGACCCUGCCCUGUCGAUCGGGGUGGCAAAGCUUCAAGUCAGCUACGAGCCAGAGCGCUUCAACGGCUGUGUGCUUCGCCUCGUCGGCAAGUCCUCGCGCGGCGACAACCAAUGGAGCGUGAGCUGCAGUGUUUUCGUGACCGGUAAGGUGCAGCUGAUGGGUGCCCGCAGCAUGGAUGAACUGCGCUUUGCCUUCAACGCGUUUGUGCCCAUCAUUGCCAAGAAUUUAGACGAGCGGAAAACAACUUAG